CUUAGAAAUUAGAAGGCUUAAUAAAGAGCACUUUAUGAGAUGGAUCUCUUCCAUAAUAAUCCGAUUCCUUUCUUAUUUAUGGAAAAUUCCGAGAAAUUUUUUCUACCCAUCUUCAACAUCUGUCCCACUCGCAUUCUCACUUUACUGAGUUUUUUCUCUGAAACCAAACAAAAAAAACCUGUUACUUUAAUCUUUUCUGUUGCAGUAGUUGAGUUCUUGCUUGUCUAAAGCUUUGAGGGCGUUCUUUUUCCAUUUUUCUGAAGUGGGUCUCUUGGGAUCGCUGUCAAUGCCCUUUGUUGAAUUUCAGAGUUUGGAGGGUUUUUCUUCGUGGGUUUAAGACCUAGGGUUGCGUUUGGUUGUGACGAUUAAAGCUUAAAGGAUGAGGAGGAGUAAGAUAAAGAAAGAAGAGAUUGCAGAAGACUACUGCUUUGUCUGCAAAGAUGGAGGUCUGCUUAUGGUCUGCGACUACAAAAGCAAAAUCAAUAUAACUGGGCCUUCCACACAGUUAGAAGAUGACAGGAUUGUCCACGAAAGAAUCAAGCAGAGUGUUGAGAUAUUGAACAGGAUGAAGGAUAUUGUGUGCCUUAUUAUAUCUUAUCCUCCUAUGAGUUUGGUGAACGGAGAAAGCUACAAGCGGAAUCAAUAUAAGUGGGUUCGGGACAUUUUGAAGAUCAAUGAUGUGGUGAGAGAAAUGGAAGCACCUUCAAAGAAGAAAGAGAUCGAUGCUUUUAAGUUAGAGAAUCAAAUCAGUACACUGAUGACUCAUUACAUGGAUGAAAUUGAACCUUUAUUUCCCCAAGUUGUGAUUGCGAAGAGCUUUAGCGGGAUUGAUGUAGAAAGGCAUGGCCAAAUAAUGCCUACGCCAAAAAGAAUGUAUGAUUUGGCAGUAGACUUUGCUAUUCGUGAAAUUUUACAACAUAUAGAAUGCCCUAAAAUUCGGAAGAUUGGGAUUUCAGGAAGCCAUGGAGAAACAGUUAUUUCAGAAUUGUGGGGCAAACUACAGGAAUGUUGUAUAUUUGAUCAUGUCAUUGAUGUUGAGGUCUCAAGAUGUUCCACCAUUGAAGAGAUUAGAUUUUCAAUUGAACGGGACUUGUUUCCCUCCACAUCAGGAGAACGGAAAUUAGAUGAAACACUGAAAGGCACAAACUUCUUCAUCCUUCUUCAUGAGGUUGGUGAAAGGGUAAAUCUUUAUGACAUGGGGACCAACUGGUGGAACUCAAAGAAAAUUCAAAAAAUAGUUUAUACAACUAAUUCUCAGCAUGUUGAUGACGUAACAGCAGUGGGUGUAGAGAUCAGGAUGGAGAAUCAUCUGUUAUCAUGGGAAUUGUUCUGUGUGAAUGUUGGGGAAGUUGUGCACUCUUCAGGGAUCCAACGCCUCGCCAUAAAUGUGGUUGAAAAGUGUUGUGGCCAUUUACUCGCUGUUGUUAUAAUGGCAAGAGCUUUGAAAGACGUGACCGAUGUUUUGAUCUGGGAAUAUGCAUCUUAUACACUAGGAUUGCAGCACAGAUCUCAGACAAAAGAUAGAGUCUUAUUUAAUGCAUUGGCAUUCAUGUGGGGCCGUUCAGGUUCGACAAACAAGUAUUUACAAUACUGUGUAGACAUGGAGAAUUGGGGACAGAUGGAUAAAGUGGAUUUGAUUGAAGAGUGGAUCACAAGCGGCUUGGUAGGAACAUUUGAUGAAGGUGAACAGAUUGUGGGGGAUCUUGUCAAUGCCUUCUUGUUAGAGAGUUUUCAGUAUGGAGAUUCUAAUUUUGUCCGAAUGCGAAGCGAAAUUCAUGAGGAGUUAUUUAACUUCUUAAGAUUUGAAUCAUGUUCACCCUUUCUUAGGCUGGGUGGAUGGGGACUAACUGAACCACCAAAAGAUGAGGCAUGGGAAAAGGCCAGUGAGAUGCAUUUGAUGAAUAAUAAACUUUCAGAGCUACCAACGAGUCCUCAUGGCUCACAACUCAAAGUGUUGUUUUUGCAGUCCAAUCACCAUUUAAGAGCUAUUCCUCCGAUAUUCUUUGAAGGCUUGCCUGUCCUCCAAAUUCUAGACUUGUCCUACACUAGAAUCAGAUCUUUACCACAAUCUCUCGUCAAGUUAUUCGAACUUCGAAUUUUCUUUUUAAGAGGCUGUGAACUUUUAAUGGAGCUGCCACCUGAAGUUGGAAAACUCAGGAAUCUUGAGGUGCUCAAUCUUGAAGGCACUAAAAUUAUAAACCUACCCAUAGAUGUUGAAAGGCUGACAAAGUUGAAAUGCUUGAACGUGUCAUUUCAUGGAUACAGAAAAAAUCAGUCAUCCACACUGAUUCCUCGGAAUGUGAUACAACAAUUGUUUCAAUUGCAAGAGUUAAGGAUAGAUGUGAACCCUGAUGAUGAACAAUGGAAUGCGACCAUGGAAGAUAUUGUAAAGGAAGUGUGCAGCUUAAAACAGUUGGAGGCUCUAAAAAUUUAUUUGCCACAAGUUGCACCGCUUGAUCACUUUAUGAAGAAUGGAACUUCGUCGGUAUACACAUCAUUAGUCCACUUUAGAUUUGUUGUUGGCAGUCAUCACAGCCGCAUUAUAUCUCGACUACCCAAUGAACUUGCAAUUAAAUUUGAACUCCAGGCAAGGAGCCUUAAGUAUGUGAAUGGUGAAGGCAUUCCAAGUCAAAUCAAGGAGGUACUCCAGCAUUGCACCGCUUUGUUCCUGGAUCGCCAUUUAACUCUCACCAAGCUAUCUGAAUUUGGGAUUGGAAAUAUGAAGAAGCUGGAAUUUUGUGUAUUGGGGGAAUGUUACAAGAUUGAAACCAUUGUGGAUGGAGCAGAAAAUUGUAAACAACGAGAAGAUGAUGGAGAUGUUUAUGGAGAAAAUAUACUUGGAUCUCUACAAUUCUUAAGGCUUCAUUAUAUGAAGAAUUUAGUGAGCAUCUGGAAGGGACCAGUUUGGAGGGGUUGCCUAUCUAGUCUAAAGUCCUUGGCAUUGCAUGAAUGCCCACAGCUGACUACCAUUUUUACUUUGGGUUUGCUUGAAAAUCUCAACAGCUUAGAGGAGCUUGUGGCUGAAUGGUGCCCUGAAAUCAACAGCAUAGUGACCCUUGAAGAUCCUGCUGAACAUAGACCAUUCCCCUUGAGAACAUAUCUCCCUAAUUUGAGGAAGAUAUCACUUCAUUACGUGCCUAAAUUGGUCAACAUUUCAAGUGGUUUACGCAUUGCACCAAAAUUAGAAUGGAUGAGCUUCUAUAACUGUCCACUCCUUGAAACUCUGUCUGAUAUGGAAGUCUGUUGUCAUGGUAUAAAGGUGAUCAUAGGAGAGGCAGACUGGUGGAGUACAUUGAAGAGGAGUUCAUAUUUUGGACUUGCUCAGUGGCAUAAUGUAUUUGUCCCCAUUAAAAGUGAUGCAGAUUUGGCGACUCAGAUAGAAGAAAUUGAGAAUCAGCUUCUUGCUAAGAGGCAAGAAAGAAAGCCUUCUCAACAGUCAGGUGAAGCUGAGAGGCAAGAGAGAAAGCCUUCUCAACAGUCAGGUGAAGCUGAGAGGCAAGAAAGAAAGCCUUCUCAACAGUCAGGUUCUGGUGGCUUCAUGAAGGCCCUUGCAUUUGUGGCCACAACUGCCUCAAAGAAAAUGAAAAUAAGGAUGGCCUUAGAAGCAGCAGCAGUGGAAACAGCAGUGACUGAUGUAUAUAGAGAUGGGCGAAGCUUAUUAAGUUGGUCUGGUCGUAAAUUUGGUUAUUGGAAGAAUCUAAAAAGAAACCAUGAAGAUUUAAUGCAGAAAGCUAGAGAGCUUUGGGAACUGAGCAAUGGCAUAAGGGAAGGAAUAAGCCAAAAUAGAAUCAAGCUAGACGCAGCAGAAUGGAUAGUUAAGGUGGAGAUGAAUGAAAGUGAAGUGAUAGAACUAGACACCAAAUACAAUGAUAGAAAAAAUCACCCAUGGAAAUUGUUUCGUUUUUGGAGGGUGCUAGUCUUAGCAAAGACAUGGCUGAGAAGUGCAACCAAGUUCAUAGUCUUUGGGAAGAGGGAAAAUGUAAAAGAGGAGUGUUGGAUGCGGAACUGCCAAAGCGUGUUGUGGAAAUACGUCCAGCCAAAAUAGAAUAUAAACCACCACUGCACAAAUAUGUAGAAGAUGCAAUGAGUUUUCUAGAGGAUCCGGAAAUAAAAAGAAUAGGAAUCUGGGGAAUGGUGGGAACCGGGAAGACCACAAUAAUUGAACACUUGAACACUCAUGACAAUAUUAACAAAAUGUUUGAUAUGGUCAUUCGGGUAACUGUCCCAAAGGAGUGGAGCGUGGUAGGGUUCCAGCAGAAAAUCAUGGAUUGGCUGUUUGAUUCUUUUAGAUGAAGUUUGCCAUCCUAUUGAGUUAGAAAAUAUAAUUGGAAUCCACAACAUCAAGAACUGCAAGGUGGUGUUGGCAAGUAGAGACCUAGGCAUCUGUUGGGAGAUGAAUGUUGAUGAGGCAAUCAAUGUGAAACCAUUGUCUGAUUAUGAAGCUCUCAACAUGUUCAAGGAAAAAGUAGGCGAGUGUAUUAGUAACUUCCCAAAAGUUACACAAGUGGCCCAGGUGGUGGUUAAAGAGUGUGGGGGUUUGCCGCUACUGAUAGACAAAUUGGCAAAAGCCUUCAAAAGUAUGGGUGGGGGGGGAUAUUCAGCGUUGGAGGGAUGCACAGAGAAAUUUGCGAAAUUGGAUGAAUAAAGAAGGAAUGGAUGAAGUACCUCGAGUUUUGCUAUAGUAGUUUGGAUAGUGAUGAAUAAAGAAGGAAUGGAAGAAGUACUGUUUUCUGAAGGAUGUGAGAUUUAUAUACCUUCUUUGCUAGAAUGUUGGAGAGUAGAAGGUUUUAUUCAUAAUGGUGGGUAUGAAAUAUUGAGUCAUCUUAUCAACGUCUCAUUGUUAGAAAGCAGUGGGAACAAGAAAAGCGUUAAGAUGACCAAAGUGCUUCGGGAAAUGGCCCUUAAAAUAUCACAACAAAGGGAAGAUUCCAAAUUUUUAGCAAAGCCACGUGAGGGAUUGAAAGAGCCUCCAAAUCCUGAAGAAUGGAAACAGGUAUAUCGCAUCUCUUUGAUGGAUAACGAACUGCACAGUUUACCAGAAGCUCUAGACUGUUGUGAUCUUGUAACAUUGUUACUUCAAAGGAAUAAGAACUUGGUUGCCAUUCCUGAGUUCUUCUUUACAUCAAUGUGCCAUCUUCGAGUUCUGGAUUUGCAUGGCACGGGCAUCACAUCAUUACCUUCAUCUUUAUGCAACUUGAUUGGUCUUAGAGUACUUUAUCUGAAUUCUUGCAUCCAUUUGGUAGGACUCCCAACUGACAUAGAAGCGCUUAAGCAGCUUGAGGUGCUUGAUAUCCGAGGGACUAAGCUUAGUUUACAUCAAAUUAGAACUUUAACCUGGUUGAAGUCAUUACGAAUGUCUUUGUCUAAUUUUGGCAGGGGAAGCCAAACUCAGAACCAAUCAGGAAAUGUUUCAAGCUUUGUUUCCUUGGAAGAGUUCGGUAUUGACAUUGAUUCGUCCUUGUGAUGGUGGGCCGGGAAUGGGAAUAUUAUCGCGGAGGAGGUGGCUACCUUGAAAAAGUUGACUUCUCUUCAAUUUUGCUUCACUACAGUGCAUUGCCUUGAGUUCUUUGUCAGCUCCAGCCCAGCAUGGAAAGAUUUCUUUGUCAGGACCAGCCCAGCUUGGGAAGAUCUCUCUUUCACAUUCCAAUUUGCUGUUGGUUACCAAAACUUAACCUGCUUUCAAAUUCUUGAGUCUUUUGAAUAUCCAGGCUACAAUUGUCUGAAAUUCAUCAAUGGCGAAGGCAUUAAUCCUGUAAUCUCCAAGGUACUUGCAAAAACUCAUGCAUUUGGACUAAUUAGCCACAAGGGAGUUUCAAGGCUAUCAGAUUUUGGUAUCGAGAACAUGAAUGAUCUCUUUAUUUGUUCAAUUGAAGGAUGCAAUGAAAUUGAAACCAUCAUCAAUGGUACUGGAAUAACAAAAAGUGUGUUUGAAUAUUUGCACCAUUUGCACAUAAAGAAUGUCUUAAAAUUGGAAAGCAUUUGGCAGGGCCCUGUUCAUGCUGAAAGUUUGACUCUUUUAAGGACUCUAGUCUUACUUAGAUGUCCACAGUUGAAGAAGAUAUUCUCUAAUGGCAUGAUUCAGCAGCUUUCUAAGCUGGAGGACUUGAGAGUUGAAGAAUGUGAUCAAAUUGAAGAGAUAAUAAUGAAAUCGGAGAACAAUGGAUUAGAAGCCAACCAACUUCCAAGACUGAAGACCCUAACACUCCUUAAUCUCCCAAGACUGAGAAGCAUUUGGGUUGAUGAUUCACUGGAGUGGCGAUCUUUACAGAGAAUUGAAAUAUCUAUGUGUCACAUGUUGAAGAGAUUGCCUUUCAACAAUGCCAAUGCAACCAAAUUGAGAUGCAUAGAAGGGCAGCAAGCAUGGUGGGAAGCACUACAAUGGAUGGAUGACGGUGCCAUUAAACAGAGAUUAGAGUCUCUUUGCAUGCUCAACUAGCUCUUCAGAUUUAUGUGCAACAAUUUCACUUUAAAGUUGAUUGCGAAUGGUUAUUGCCUCGGCCAUAAGUUUGAAUGUGAGAUUCAAAUUCAUGUAUUUGUUU